UUUAGCAACGAGUACUUCACAAUUCAUGUCCUGGGGCUGUUCUCGACUAUUUUCCACUUUCUCUCCAUCCCAACAGAAAGAAACCUGGAAAUUUCUCAACUCCCAAACAAAGUAUAAUAGAAUUCACGUGUAAUCUAUGUUCUUGAAAACUGUUGUCUUUCUGAAAGAAUUACAGUUUUUGAAUAUCUGGGAAGUAGUGUUUGAUUUUCGGAGAAGCUUGAAUCUUGGAGGCACUUCAACUGUAUGAUUGAAUUGUUUGAGGUCCUUGAGAAGAAAUCUUGUGCUCUUGCCUUGGAUGGGAGACAGGAUCCUUGAAAGAUAACUAGAGAGUAGAUAUUGCAGUUGUUGGUCUUUGAGCAUGAUGGAUGAUGAGGAUGAUGUCGGUUACCAUCCCAGCCCUUAUGCCAUAAAUUGCGAAAAAUUUCCUGUCUAUCCUCAAAAGAUUCGGAAUUCGUACGUUGAAGACGACAAUGGUGAUGGUGAUGGUGAUGGUGAUGAGAAGGGUAUAGGUAAUGCAGAAGAUGAGGAUGAGGAUGAGGAUGAGGAUGAGGAUGAAGGACAUGGUGUUCAGAGGAUAGGUGAAGAUGAGUAUGAAUAUGGUGAUGAAGAUGACAAUGAUGACGAUGAUUAUGGUGAUUUACAGAGUCAACCGAAGAAGAGGAAGCUAAAGACCCUGUUCUCGAAUUACGAAUUUGCUCCUCGAGUACCAGCACCUUCAGCUGCUGCAGCUUUAGUUACAAAGCCAUCAUACGGUGGACGGAAUCCACUGACGGAUUGGACCGAGCACGAGACUUUCAUUUUACUAGAUGCUUGGGGUGAUAGGUUUCUCAAACAAGGGAGGAAGAGUCUCCGCUCUGAAGAGUGGCAAGAAGUUGCCGAGAAGGUAUCCCAGGAGUCAAAGAUUGAAAGGACGGACACUCAAUGUCGAAAUCGUUUGGAUACGUUGAAGAAAAAAUACAAAAAGGAGAAAAUGAAGUUGGGGGAAAGGGGAGGUGCUGCCAUUGAGUGGUUGUAUUUCAAGAAGAUGGAUACACUACUGUCGUCACAGCCACAGCAAUCCGGCCUUUCAUGUGCAGGAGAGUAUGCAUUCAUGGAUCCUAAAGUUGAUUUGAAUCGCUCAAAUGGAUUGGAUGAGAUGAGGGAUAGUCCGGGAAAUUCAGAAUUUGCUGAGCACGAGGAAGAUGAAUCAAAUGGCCUUCCUACCAAGAAGAUGAACAACAGGAAGCUCAGGGGUAGCCGAGCUUCUUUUAAAUUGCUUGCUGAUUCUUUCAAAAAAUUCAGUGACAUGUAUGAGAAGAUCGAGAAUAGUAAAAGAAAACAAAUGCUAGAACUAGAAAAAAUGCGGAUGGACUUCCAUCGGGACUUGGAAUUGCAGAAGAGGCAGAUUCUAGAGAGAGCUCAAGCUGAGAUUGCUAAGAUUUGGCAAGGACACGAUGAAGACAACAUUGUGUCGGCUGAAAAUGCCAGUGGUUGAUGUAACUUGAUGCGAUCAUCUUCAUACUGACAUCUGCAGAUAAUUGAUUACUACUUGCAGUUGUUGUAUUAUAGCUUCCUCCAGGAUUAUUCAGUCUGCAGGAAAAUAAAACUUCUGUCAUGAUACUAAUAUGUUUAAAAUAUAAUGCAAUUUCAUGAAGAGUUCAUUCCUCUCUUUCUAUCCCACAUUUCUCCUUCACUCAGGCUUGUAUUUUACUUUUGGCUUCAGAUGAUCCGUUCAUCUUUUAUUUCAUUGUCUGAAUACCUAUGACUUGUCUGGAUUAGCUCAUUCACAAUACAUUGAAUCAUAGCUCUCGACAAAUUUACUAGGAGCAUACGAGGAACAAGCCGACACAUUACAGGAAUUGAAGAAGUACUGUUUCCAGAUCAGAGAUGUGGAGCCUCUU